ACGCUUCGAUUGGCUGGGGAACCGAGCCCCCUGUUGCCGGGGUGGGGUACGGCGGCUUCGCGGAGAGUCCCGUUUAGUGGGCGGAGCCUAAGCGGGCGCGGCGCGUUUCCAUAGCAGCCGCGAGGCGGCGCCCGGGAACUACGCUUCCCGGCAUCCCCGGGCGGCGGCGCGGCUGCGGAGGCUGCCGGGAGUCGUAGUGCGGCGCAGGUGAGGCUCGGGAUGUUGCAGGUGGCGCUGCCGCUGGAGCGCGAGCGGGACGGGGCGCUGCUGCGGGUGCGCUUCACCACGCUGGCGGCGGGGACGGUCUGCUGCCCGCUGGGCGGCUUCCUCUUCUGCCUGGGCUGGGCGCUGCUCUUCCACUUCCCGGAGGCCACGGCCACGCACUGCGGCGUGCCCAACUACCUGCCGUCGCUGAGCGCCGCCAUCGGGGCCUCCACGCCCGAGCGCUACGUGUGGCGCCUCUGCAUCGCCCUCCACUCGGCGCCGCGGCUGCUGGUGGCCUCGGCCUACUGGCGCCACUACCGGGGCUGCCCCUGCCCGCACCCGCGCUACCCCCGCCUCUGCCACGCCGUCCUGGCCCUGUCCGCGUCCGAGAACCUGGGGCUGCUCCUGCUCACCUACGUCUCCUCCGCCGAGAACCACGUCUUCCACCAACAUGCCUUCGGCCUCUUCAUCGUCUCGGCCCUCGGACACAUGUUCCUGACCUGCCUACUCUGGCGGCUAACCAAGAAGCAUGCCAUCAGUCCCGAGGAGCGCAAGUCCUACAAGUGGAAAUGGUGGCUUUUCCUCUUCAACCUGCUCACCUUCCUGGUGGCCGUCUGCUUCUACUUGCGUCACAACUGGUAUUGUGAGGCUGGAGUGUACACGGUUUUCGCCUUCCUGGAGUACCUGGUGGUCCUGUCCAACAUGGCCUUCCACAUGACCGCCUGGUGGGACUUUGGCAACAAGGAGCUGGUGGUCAGCUCCCAGCCCGAGGACAAGCGCUUCUAGCCGGGAACCGGCCGGCCAGCUGGUGGAGGAACCUCUUCAUGGGGGGGGGAACCACGCUGCUGCUUUGGAAAGGGGGGGACUUUGGGGUGGCUCUGCCAUCCUUGAGCGCUGAAGCAGAGAAGGAGCCCCCCAGGGAAGGACUCUUCCACCCCCAAUCCCACCCUCCCCACCUGCAGCCCCUGGCUUCAGGGGUGGAGGCCCCUCUCCAAAGGACGUUGGAGGCCGCCAUGGGUGCUGCUGCCCUCUAGGGAGGGGGGACCUUUAAGCUCCAGGUUGGUGGGGGCGGGGUCACCUCCCUUUCCAUGGGAAUUGCUCCCUGCUGGGGGAGUGGUGGCUGGCCUCCUUCGGCCACAGGGAGGGGUCCCCCGUUGGGAGUUUUGCUGUCCUUAAGGAAGGGGACGGCCCCGGUUGGGUCCUGGAGGUGAAACAAAUGGGCAGGAGGGGCUUGAGACCCCCCCUCGCUCCCCUCGGUUUUUAGCUUUGGUCCUGAGAUCCCCAUCCCCCCUCUCCCCCCAGGCAGGGGGAAGGGAGGGCUGCUGUGCUUUGACAGUGUUAACCUCCCUGCUUUGGCUCUUUUUCCUUCCUGAGAGGUGGAAGUCUGGGGAGAGGUUCAAAGUGUGUGUUGUGCCCCCGCACCAAAGAUCAAGAAUCAGGGAGGGUGUGCGUGCUGCUGUGCGGUGACCAAAACGGACUUGAACCAUGGCUGAAGGAGAGGCUCUGCUGAACGAUUUGGGCCGAAAGGAGGCUGGACAAGGUCCAGUUCUUUCUGUGGAUGUGGGGGGCAAAUAGCCCAGGAGAGAAAAAGAGGGAUUCGCUCCGGGGGGGGGGGGUCAUGCCUUUCUCGGCUCCAAGCCCCCCCCCUCCUUCCAGUUCCUGCUUGGGACAGUCAGGAGAAGCAAGGCUGAGCCAAGCAGCUGCCCCACGAAGAAGGCAGGGAGGCUAGCCCUGAGUCCAAAUGCUCCCUCUGAAGGUCAGGGCCUUCGGACACUCGGACCUCUUCCUCCCAUCUCUGGGCAGAAAAAUUUGCAUUAGCAGAUAAUGUAUUUUCAUCUACUUUUUACUUUCCCCACAAAAUAAAGCACUGAGUAUUUUUUUAAAAGGCG